AUGGAAGUGAUUUUGAGUUUGAGGUGUUUGUGUUUCGGACUUAGUGUAAAUCUUAACAAGACUAGGCUGUUUGGUAUCACUGUGGAAAUUGAAGACUUAAAGGCAGCAGCAACUUUUCUGUUAUGCUCAAAUGGCAGUUUCCCGUUCAAGUUUUUGGGGCUACCGGUGGGAGACAAUCAUCGUAGAAAGGAAACAUGGAGGCCGGUGAUCAAUAAGUUGCGAUCUAGAUUGAGCUCUUGGCAGGGAAGGCAUCUUUCCCUUGGAGGCAAGGUAACUCUUCUAAAUUCGGUGCUGAACAAUAUUCCAAUUUUCUGGUUCUCUUUUUUCAAGGCUCCGAGGGUGGUGUGGGAGGAAAUUACUAGUAUCCAACGGUCUUUCUUAUGGGGUAAACCGAAAGAUGAUAAAAGGAGAAUCGCGUGGGUUAGUUGGGACAAGGUAUGUUUGUCGAAGGAGGACGGAGGGCUGGGGGUUAAGAAUGUUAAGUUAUUCAAUUUGGCGUUAAUUAGCAAGUGGGGCUGGCGGUGUUUGGAGAAUACGCAGGCUGUUUGGUCAGAUAUUUUGACUUGCAGAUACGAUGGUAGUGAGCAGCGGAUUCACGAGGUUACUUCGAGAUAUAGAAUGCAAAAAUCUUCCUUAUGGUGGCGUGACAUCAGGGCUGUUUGUAGAGGAAAAUUCAAUGAUCAUGUUUGGUUUCUGGAUGCUGUCUCGCACGAUGAUGAGGGGACGGUGGUUUGGGGCAGCGGGAACGACUCUUAUUCGGUCAGCGACGCUUACAGUCGGCUGUACAAUUUGUGGCGUGAGGCCUUUGGGUUGGAGGAUAUGAAAAUUAUGGCUAUUCAUAGUGUUUGGAGGGCUAAGGUUCCUGAAAGUAUAAAGUGCUUCGGUUGGCGGUUUAUCCUUAGUAGCCUUCCCACUAGGGAGGAGCUUUGGCGUAGAGGGGUUUUGGUUAGAGGUGAAGCGCUGUCCUGUCCGUUAUGCAACAGCGGUACUGAAUCGAGGGAGCAUUUAUUCAUGUGGUGUUCUGAAUCCGGAAAGGUUUGGAAGCUUGUUUUGUUUUGGCUUUUAGGUGAAGAGAUGGAUAUUGGAAUCGGGAACAUGGACAUGGAUAUACUUGAUCGUUUUGCAAGUUUUCUGGAGGUGUGUGUACGUGCACCAUUGGUCCCUUUCUUUUGGCUUUUGAUUUCAUGGAAUAUUUGGCGUGCCCGGAAUGAGUUGCUCUUUUCAAAUAAGAGGUGGGAUGUGUCGGGGGUUGUGAAUUGUAUUAAAUCUAUGGGGUGGGAUUGGUUUUCCUUUUUAGCUAACAAAGGAAUCGAGUGUGAUCGGGAAAUAUGGCUAGUUAAUCCGUCCUUGUUGGUGGGUUUCUAG